AUGGAUACUACCGGUCUCUACCGGUUGCGUAUCGAGGCUGUUGAAAGGGCGGAACGUAUUUUAGAGCGUCACGAGGCUGAGCUGGUGGCGAAAGAACAGCUACUGGAGCGCGCACUUGCCACGGGAAUGCAGCCGUGUCAGGAUGACUGGCAACAGCGUGUCGAGGCCGCACUCAGUGGGGUUCGCAAGUGCGAUGAUAUCUACCGCAGCAACAGUAUAAGUGGUGGUGGCGUUCUCACGACAACAGCAGUGUUAAAGGAGUGGGAGGAUCUCCUUUCACGAUUAGAGAAGCAUGCGGCACAAUGGAGACGCAAAGACGCAGAGAUUACCGCUCGUGAGCAAGAUGUGGCGCAGCGUGAAGCGGCGCUUGAAAAGGAGCGUCACUGGCUGCUGCAGGAGAGGCAGCGCCUCACGAAGUCAGAGGAGGCUCUCUCUGCAAUGCGUGUUGCCGUGGAACAGCGCACGCGUGGCCUCAACAUUCGUGAGUCGGAGUUGUCGGCACGUCACGGCCGGGGUGUGGAGGACGAAGAGAAUCACAAGGCUGCUCGGAUCAUACUGCAGGAGAGGGAGACGCAGUUGGCGUUGGAUCGGGAGCGGUGUAACCGUCUGCUUGAGGCAUUGUGCGAGCUGUAUGGGCGGCUUGCGUUGCUUGUCUAA